AUGCGGGUGUCCAGCUCCCUCAGCGUCGUCGCCGUAGCCAUCGCGGCUGCGGUGACAGAAGCGGCUCAGAUCCCUUUCUCCCUUCAGCGAUCGCAACCCGCCAAGGUGCUCGACCACCCCAACCUGCCCGCUCACAGCCUGCGUGUCGUCUCCCCGCCCUCGUCGAUCUGCGACCCUUCCGUCAAGUCGUAUUCUGGCUAUCUCGAUGUGGACGUCGACAUGCUCUCCAAGCACGACCCUUCCUCGCACUUUACCUCUUCCGCCUUCUCCACUACCAAGCACGAGAAGGACGGCCGAACCAAAGGCGCCAUCGAGCACUUCUACUUCUGGGCAUUCGAAUCGCGCAACGACCCCAAGACCGAUCCCGUCGUGCUGUGGCUCAAUGGUGGACCUGGUUGCUCGUCCUUCACGGGUCUGCUGAUGGAGCUCGGACCCUGCAACGCCGUCGACCCUGCCUCUCGGGAUGGCAAGCCAGGAGCCGAGAAGAACCCUUGGGCGUGGAACAGCAAUGCGACCAUGAUCUUCCUCGACCAACCCGUCGGCGUCGGCUACUCGUACGUCGACUGGGCCAACAAGUCCCGCACCGACAAGCCACCUUCGCGCGUCUUCUCCGCCGAAUCCGCCGCUAAGGACGCUUCGGCGUUCUUGCACCUCCUCGCCAUGCACAUGGGCAAGGAGAUCUUCUCGGGCGACGGAGACGAGUUCUCCUCGUUCCACAUCGCCGGUGAGAGCUAUGCCGGUCGCUACAUUCCCCUCACCGCCAACCAGAUUGUGGAGGACAACAAGCGCAUUGCCAAACAUCCGGAGCUCAACCUUCGCCCCCUGCCCCUGCGCAGUGUGCUGAUCGGAAAUGGAAUCACCAGUCCGAAAGACCAGUUCCCGGCGUAUGUCGAGUAUACGUGCACCGACGUCUCGGGUGCCGACCAGCCGCUGUUGCCCAAAAAGACGUGCAAGGCGAUGAAGGAGAGCAUCCCGACGUGUCUGACGUUGGUCGAAAAAUGCAAUCGCAAGCCGCGUCAUGGCGAGACGUACGAUGUGCUCGCUUGUCAGGCAGCAUCCAACUACUGCGAAGGUGCGCUCUCCAGCCCGUACGACUCGCUCAAGCGUUCGCCCUACGACUGGCAGCAUCCCAGCAAGUACGUCGAGGAGGACUGGGUAGCUGCGUUCCUCAACGAUAAAGAUACCCAGCGCGCGCUGGGCGUCGACGGCACGGGACCGGGCGACAAGCACGACGGCGUCUUUGUCGGCUGUUCCGACAAUGUCUAUGCCAACUUUGCCAAGACCGGCGACGGAUCCCGCGAGUCUACUUGGGCCGUCGCCAACAUCCUCGCCAACGACGUCCGCGUCCUGACCUACAGCGGCAAGCGCGAUUUCAUCUGCAACUACGUCGGCAACCGCGCCUGGUCCGAGGCGUUGGAAUGGGAGGGCAAAGAGGAGUACAACAAGGUUGAGCUCAAGCCGUGGUUCGUGGGUGAAAGGGACGAGGUCAAGGCGGGAGACUUCAAGACGUACGGCAAUCUGACGUACGUUAUUGUGGACGAGGCAGGUCACUUUGUUCCUCAUGACAAGCCGCAGAGCGCUUUGGACAUGUUUAAUAGGUGGUUGCACGGCGAGCAUCCUGGUCAGCUGUAG